AUGGCCGAGGUCGCGGAGCCGGAGGGGGGCGCCCCGGGUCCCCAGAGCCAGCCCGAGGGCUCGGCGCUUCAGGCGGAGAGACGGGGCGAGCCGGGGGCUUCCGGCCCUGAGGCUCAGAGGGAGGAGGCGAGAGAGGGCGCCGCGGAGGCGCCGAGGGGCGGGGGCCCGGGCGCAGCCGCGACGGCCGAGGUGACGGAAGGAGAAGGUCCGGGGCCGGACGGAGGGCGCGCGGGCGAGCUGGCGCCGGACGCAGGCGGUGGCCCGGGGGCCGAGAAGCGGGGCACGAGCGGAGAGCAGGGCGAGGCCCAGGCGGAGGAGGGCGCCCGGGAGGCAGAGGAGCGGGCGAGCGGCGCGGAGCUGGCGGAGGAAGCGAGCCCCGGGUGCGGCGCGCAGGCCGAGGCCCCGGGGGAGGCUCAGGUGGAGCCUGGGGAUCCCGCGGCCCCCGGGGCGAAGGAAGAGGCGGAGAGCGGGCCGGAGGAGCCGGGGGGCAGCGCGCCUGGGGCGGCGGGGGCCCGCAUGGACGCCGACGGGCUGACGGGGGACAGCACGGUCGCCGAGGGGCCGGCGGGGGACAGCGCGGUCGCCGAGGGGCCGGCGGGGGACAGCAUGGUCCCCGAGGGACCGGCGGGGGUCCGCGUGGACGCCGAGGAGCUGACGGGGGUCAGCACAGUCGCCGAGGGGCCGGCGGGGGACAGCAUGGUCCCCGAGGGACGGGCGGGAAUCCGCGUGGACACCGAGGAGCUGACGGGGGUCAGCACAGUCGCCGAGGGGCCGGCAGGCGACAGCACGGAUGUUGGAGGGCCGGCGGGAGGGGCGUCCAGGGCCGAGGUUGAGUCCCGGGACGGCAGCCCCGAGACCCAGGCCGAGGCGACUGAGGCCGCAGCGGCGGAGAGCGCGGAGUGCAGCCCCGGGGAGCUUGCGGGGGAGCCUCGGGGUGCAGCGGCGGGCGCCGCGGAAGAGACAGGGGACCGGGAGGGAGAGGAGUCGGAGGAAGCGGCUCCCGGGGGCGCGAGGGCAGGCGCUGGCGAGGACGCGGACCAGGGUGGGCCCCUGGGGCAGAGAGAGGAGGCAGAGGAGGAGAGGCGAGAGCGGGGUCCGGAGGGGCCAGGCGAGGAGGAGCCCCCCGACGGCAGCACGGAUGGGGAGGCGGCCCCGCCGACGGAGGCCCGGGAGCCCGAGGCCGAGCUGAGCAACCACCUGGCGGAGGGGGGCAGCACCGAGCGCGGCGACGAGACCGCGCCGGUGAACGGCGGCCAGGAGGACGGCGAGGCGUCUGAGGAGGGGGCCCCGGGGCAGGAGCACGACAUCACCCUCUUCGUGAAGGCUGGUUGUGAUGGUGAGAGUAUUGGAAAUUGCCCAUUUUCUCAGCGUCUCUUUAUGAUUCUCUGGCUAAAGGGCGUUAUAUUUAAUGUGACAACGGUGGACUUGAAAAGGAAGCCCGCGGACCUGCAGAACCUGGCUCCCGGCACCAACCCGCCUUUCAUGACUUUUGAUGGUGAGGUCAAGACGGACGUGAAUAAGAUCGAGGAGUUCCUAGAGGAGAAGUUAGCCCCCCCAAGGUACCCUAAGCUGGGGACCCAACACGCUGAAUCUAACUCUGCUGGAAACGAUGUGUUUGCCAAGUUCUCAGCAUUUAUAAAAAACACCAAGAAAGAUGCAAACGACAUUUAUGAAAGGAACCUCUUAAAGGCCCUGAAGAAGCUGGAUAAUUACCUAAAUAGUCCUCUGCCUGAUGAAAUAGAUGCCUACAGCACCGAGGAAGUUACGGUUUCUGGAAGGAAGUUCCUGGAUGGGGAUGAACUCACGCUAGCCGACUGUAACCUCUUACCCAAGCUCCAUAUUAUUAAGAUCGUGGCCAAGAGAUACAGAGAUUUUGAAUUUCCUUCUGAAAUGACUGGCAUCUGGAGAUACUUGAACAAUGCGUAUGCUAGGGAUGAGUUCAUAAACACGUGUCCAGCCAACCAGGAGAUAGAACACGCAUAUUCGGAUGUUGCAAAAAGAAUGAAGUGAAGUUGGGGUGUUUUCUGUCUCGUAUGAGCUAGACUAUGAAAAGAGUGUGUCCUUUGUGUUUCCCUCCCAAUAACCAUCCUUUGCAAAAUAAUGCCUAUAUUUUAACAGUGCACAGGCCAUAGCGUGAUCCACUCAACACCAAAUGAUACAUAGUCUUGUAAUUUGUCAACUCACUUGUGUAUCUGAAUAAUACCAGUAUCUGUUGUUAUACA